AUGGGCAAUGAUCUAAUAGCGUUGAGUGACCUUAUUGCCCGAAUUAUUCGCUACUUGCGAAGAGGUGAUCCUUCCGUCUCUAUCGCAACAGUUGAGGAAGCUUUGGAUGCCUUUACAUGCGAGAAGCGCACAACCCACCGUCAAGAACUUCAAACUGCCCGUGCUGGGCGCUCUAUUGCAAAUCUCGAUACUCCCUCACGGGCUCUUCUCCUCGAACACCUUAUCGAAUGUGUUUAUGAUGAAAUUCCUUCUUUGACUAUCAGAGCUGAAGGGAAUGAAGAUGUACUGGUUUUAAAUGCUGGUCAAGAUGCUCUAGGAUCUAGAUACUUCUACAUGGAUGACUUACGGCUUUAUCGAGAGACCCCAAAAUCAGAACUUACAUCUACCUGGUCAUUAGCAGUGGGUGCUUCAGCCAGUCAGUGGAAGUCCUUCAUUGAAUCUAUUGGUUCCGCCCCGGAAGAAAUCGAGUUAGCCAACUUUCUCAAAACGGAAAUUUUUCCCGUUCUUGAGAAUUGCUUUGAAACUGUGACUAAAAUCACCGACGAUCUCAACCCAUCGCGUCUUCUGGACAAGGAGCUGAGUGAGCUGUCGAAAAUGAGACAAUUGAAGGGACUCCCUCCACUACCUCCCACUACCACCUCUCCCAAUUAUACUGCCUGUCUGCCUUCUACUGAUAAUGGAGUUUGCGUUGGUAGUUCCAAUGGAGGGGGAAGUAGUGCUGGAAGCAAUUCUGGAAAUUCUACUUCCACUUGCCCUCUCACUCCCCCUAAUGGAACACCCGGAGUAAAUCAAUCCUCCCAACCUCCUCCUGUUCAAGAAGCUACGCUGAAGACUAGUAACACGGCUCCCAACACGCCGUUUUUCUUUAUACCCGCAAGUUUGCUCGAUGUUUUCAAGUAUUACUUUUCGUUUUCUAAUCAUGCCUACGAGAUUGUCCAUGUGAAUCUGCUGGGUGAGUUGGCUCCGAAAGAUUACUCGUUGAGCCAAGCAAACUCCGUUCCUCUUUUCCCACUUCCUCGAGUCAGUUGA